AUGCCCAAAAUCGAAGAAACUUGUUUACAAGUGCCGCGCUGUGCCACUUACGAAGAGCUAGGCAAUGACUUGUUCAAGCUGACCUUGACGGAAGAGAACAAAGCCGAGGUCUUCGAGUAUGGACUCGUGAAGCUCAAUGGAAAUCAGGAAGAAGCAGCGACCAUACUGCAUCAUCUCAAGCGAUGGAGCCCAUCUGUCGGGUCAUUAUUCAUGCCACGAUCUGCAUCUACUAUACUCAGUUCACCCUUUCGUCUCGUCUACCCAAAUGCUGACCUACCGUCAUUCAAUGAGACUGGGUUAUAUGUGCGUCAGUACAUGGCUGUGUCGUACUGUUGGCGUUCCGAGCAAUUCCUGCCCAAGGGCUAUGAGAGAUACGGCAGCUGGCCCAUCAGCAAGCCAUUCGUUGACGCUAUUAUCGGCGAGAAGAAUCAUCCUCGUGUGGGCAUCUGGAUGGAUCAGCUCUGUAUCGACCAAGAAUCGUUGAUCGACAAGCACAAGUCUGUUGCAGCAAUGGACGUCAUCUACCGAUCCUGCAUCCGUCUUCUCGUGUUGCUUGAGGAUGUGUUUCUAGACGAGCAAGAGGCGGCGUUGCACCUGAAGUAUGAUCCCACGAAAUCAUAUGAUCCAGCGUGGAGGCCAUCCACGGAUGAAAGAGUCGUUCUGCAAAGCUUCGACGACAAAGUCAACGCGGCGAGAUGGUGGCAACGUGCGUGGUGCUUCCACGAAUUCAAUGUCAACGAGCCAUGGGGUGACAGGAGGCAGAAUCACGAGAUUCAUAAUGCUACUUUCAUAAUGAACGGGCCAAACGGCUCGACAGUGAAGAUGAAGUGGUGGACCCUGUGCCAUAUCAUGGGAUUGGCUGCACCUGAUUCGAUAGGUCAGGAGAUCUUUGUCCCCAUCGAUGCUGGGGAUCGCGAGCCAGGGUACAGAGGCAGUCUCAUGGCCAGACACAAUGCUGUGAGUAGAAAGGGGUGCAUGCUCUUGGAAGACAAGAUGAGCAUCAUGAUCAACAUGUCCGGACUUGCACUUGCGUAUCAGGGACAGACAAUGAGAAGUCAAGAUGAACUUCAAUACAUCAGUUCUUUGCUAGCUCUUGCAGCCGGAGAGAAAUAUCCACUCACGAUGUUCAACAGCCAAGCGAUACCCAAGCUGCUCGACAAACCUUCGUGGUUUCAGCGUCACAGCGUCGACGAGAUAGCGAUUCCAAGGUUUAAGCGAGGAAGUUUACACAGUAUUCAUCGGAUCACUGAGCAAGAGAUAGAACUAGACGUGAUUCUCCUUCCGCACCCUAUCACAUGGACACGCGUGCAAGAUGCGGAUCUUGUACCGACAUACAAGAUAUUCCCAAGCACCAUAGCUACUACACGUAUAGCUACUUACGGACCUGUGAACGAGUCCCUCACAACAGCCAGCCGACCAGACGCAGAACUCGACGGCCCGCGUCGCAGAUUCCUCGCUAGCUGUAUCUUGAAUGGAUACGACUUCACCGCCAGACUCUGGAAGCAACUAGAGCAAGACGUGGUAGGGCCAAACUACAACCUGGGCCUGUUUAAAGACCUAGCACCCAACCCAUCCCUUACCUCUGCUGCGCAAGAACUUAUUGUUCAGCUUCUGCCAGUCACAACAUUACUAGGCAUUACAGCACCUGCCAUCUUCACCCUUGGAGAUGCACACAUGUUCAUCACGUGGCUCACAGACCCGCGCUCCAUGUACUACAUCGGCGUCUAUGCUUACCAUCUCGAUUGUGAUGGAAAAAAUGCAUUUACUACCGGUGCGGCGGUCAAUGCAAAUUUCCAUGAUGGGCCUAUGGAAGAAUUGAGGGCAGCUGUACCGACUGAUCUAUUGGAUGCAACAUGCAUUCCUUUGAGGGUGUGGAUACUACGGCGGUCAAAGACAGAAGAUGCUGUAGACAAAUACAGACUUGUAGGGAAGGCGAUGCUGCUUGGUGAGCCAGAUUUGAGAACUUUGGCUGAGGGGAGUGACGGGAAGGGUGAAGCAGUAGUAAGGUUACAGAGGGUGAUCGUUGGUGGUUGA